CGGCACUGCCCGCCCCGGCAGCGGAAACGGGGCCGCUCCCCCACAGCCUGCCGCUUCAGGCUUUCCCUUCCCAGCAUGGCAGCCGCCCGUGGCUGCGCCUGCCACCGCCUCUGGAUGGCUACCGAGCCGCUCUCGGCCUUUUUUAGACUCUUCUUCCUGGGAAUUUCAGACGCGGACCCUGCCCGGCCUGCCCGCCACUCGGCCCCGUGUGGGAAAAGGACACAGCUUGACGCGACCUCCCUAACAUGGCCGCCGGCUCCCUUCCAAGAUGGCCGUGGCAGCCCGCAGGCGGAAGUGGGAGGGAGGGGGUGUGCCUUCCCAAGAUGGCGGCAGCCUGGCGGCGCUGAGCGGAGCGAUGGCGGCGGAGGGGCCGCGCAGUCUGUUCGCGCUGAGCGCGGCGGCGGUGAGCCGCAGCAUGGGGGCCCUGGAGCGGGACGUCUGGGCUCUUCCCGGGCACCUCCUGCGGGGGCUCCUGCCGCUUCUCAGCGUCUUUCGUCUGGAGCGGGCCGAGGGCGCGGCGCGGAGAGCAGGCCUCUCGACACAGCCCAUCUGGCGCAAGCUGUGGGACGAUGUGAUGAAAACCAGGCCACCCAACUCGGAGAAUAUAACCUGUUGGAGGAAGAAGUUCCUUGAAACGUUCUUCUCAAACGUUCUUCAUGGUGUCUUGGACAUUUCCUCUGACUGGCGUCUCAAUGACCAGCACUUCUCACCACUGCUCCACAGCUCCCCACACGUUUCCCAGCUUACCCUCUGCAACAUGCUGCAGGGCGCCGUGGAGCUUGCUGCUGAGCACAACCAGAAAGUGCUCGAAAACCUGGCUGGUUCCCUGCGGAUCCUGAAGUUCCAGCACCUCCUCUCCUCUGACCUGUCCAUCAGGCGUUCACUGGUUUUACUUCUUCACCGUCUGAUUCACCAUGGCUCUGUCAGCCAGGUGUCCAUGUACUCCUGGCCUGUUCCUGACACAGUUCUUCUCGUUCUCAUUUUGAGCAUGAGCGCUGGGUUUUGGCGCUCAGGAAAUGCCCUUGCGUAUCACAGCAGCCCGUGUGGCCUUUGCAGAGAGGAGGACAAAGCCCAAAGCCAGGAGUCAGCACCAGGGCAAGCAGAGAGGGGAUGUUGUAAUGAAAGGGAAUGGAGUGAUGGUGAGAACCAAAAGGGAUCUCCUGGGGCCCCAAAGGAGGCUGACAUGGAGGUGAACGGAUGCAGGGCUGACACUCACCUGAAUCCUGUCUCCUCCAGACCAAGAAGUCUAUCUCUGCAAAAUCAAGCUUGUGAGGUGCCCUGCAACCACACCAGUGUUGAGGGAGGAUCUUCUCCUCCUCACGUUUCAGACCAGCUGUCCUGUCACCACCUUCUUCGAAAGACGCGCAGACGGAUGAAAUCUGCAGUGGGGAAGAAACGUCGCUGCCUCAGACGAAACAGGGGACCACGUGCUGACCCAGAAGACCUGUAUGAUUUUGUUUUUACUGUUGCUAGAGAGGAUAAUUCAGGGUUACUUGACAAAAACAGCACCACAGAGGGAGAAAACACUGAGAACUGGACUAGUUCCUCUCUAGGAUCUCCCUGCACUUGCCAUGCCAGCUGUAAGAAAAGAGGAGGAUCUGCUGGGACCUUUUCUCUGAAAGCUGCUCACCGCUUCCGAAGUGUAUCCACGCUGGAAUUGUUCUCCAUUCCUUUGACUGGGGAAACAUGUCGGACUCUGAGUAACCUGCUGAGCUCCUGGGUGUCUUUAGAAAACUUGGUUCUGUCUUAUAAUGGCUUGGGUGCUAAUGUCUUCUGCAUCCUCUCUGGGCUCCGGGCCCUCUCCCGCCGCUCGGACUGCCAGCUCCGCGUGGUGCGCCUCAGCGACGUCUUCUCCCACAUGCCUUGCAUGGACCUUGUUCGCUGCGUCUUGAGCGCCUUUCCCCAGCUCCACACACUCUCAGUCAGCUUCGACCUCAAAAACCAGCUGGAGGGGAACAGCCCACAGGGGAUUCCAAGCUGCAGUGAGGCAGAAAUCCCAGAGAGCUGCCUGGAGCAGCUGGAGAUCCGAUUUCCCAGGGAACCUCUGCACACUGCCUUCCUGCUGCCAGUGCUCAAGGCAUCAAAGUCCCUCCAGCAGUUGUCCCUCGACAGUGCCACGCUGCCCUGUUCACAGGAGCUUGGGCUCCUUUUGGAGGCACUCAAAGAGUGCAAUCCAGAUUUGAAGAAACUGAGCUUUCAUGAUGUGAACCUCGCUGAGCACCAGAAAGAAGUUCUGCUUUUGCUUCAGGAUCCUGUCCUGCAAGAACUCACAUUUUCCUUCUGCCGGCUGUUUGAAAGCUCCACCCCUGAGUUUUUGUCAGAAAUAAUCAAUGCAGUGAAAAGAAAUUCAACCUUGAAGAGCCUCAAACUGCCUGGGAAUCGCCUUGGAAAUCACAGGCUGGUUGCCCUUGCAGACAUUUUCUCUGAAGAUUCAUCCUCUUCUCUUUGCCAGCUGGAUGUCAGCUCAAAUUGCAUCAAACCAGAUGGGCUCCUGGAGUUCACAAAGAAGCUGGAAGGCCACAUCCAGCAGCGAGGGGGGCGGAUUCAAUUCACACAUCUCCGCCUCUUCCAAAAUUGGCUGGACCAGGAUGCUGCAACAGCUCAGGAAGCUCUUCGGCGUCUGCAAGCUGUGUGCAGUGUGGUCAAUGACUCCUGGGACUCCUCCCAGGCCUUUGCUGACUACAUCAGUGUCAUGUGAUGGAUGCAGCAGCAGCAGAAAACUGAUCAGCUUGAACUUAAGUAGUUCCAUCCCUGUCCAAUAACUUUGAGGUUUUUUCCCCUUGUUCAAGCAGGGUUCAGUUGUUCUUCUCACUUUUCUGUUCAUUUGAAGGAGCACCACAAGGAGGUGGCACAAGACCAUGUAGGUAAACAGUUGUAUUUCCAGGUGAUGUAACUCAGUAAUUACCACCUUCUCAGUUUGAGUAUUUUAAGUGGGACAGAUACCAAAUGAGCUUCUAUGACUUCCUGUAAAUCUCUGGGCAAGCAGUUAUUUUACUCAGUGUUGUUACAGAUUUCAUGUUGUUUCAGUGAAUGUCUCAACCUUAAACAUCUCCAUCGUUGAAGAGACUCAAAAGCAAUCUGGUUGUGGUCCAGUGGCAGUCAGUUCUAGUUGACCUUACUUUGGAGCAGGUGCAUUGAACAAUAUGACCUUGAAGCCCCUUCCACCUUCAACCAUUCUGUGAUGCAUGAUUCCUCCACUUAAAGGGAGCAGAAAACAAGCUAAAAAAUGCCUGCAGCUGUGACCUUUUAUAUUUUACUUUAUACAAAAAAAGUUUAUUUAUUUACCAAGUAGCCUAUCUAUUAGCAAUCAUGUUGCCUCUCUCCUGUGUCUGCAGCCAUUUUACAGAGGUUUUGAAUAGUCUGUUCUUUUGUAACUUUUUUAUAAUAAAAAUAUAAUUAUGACCCAU